AUGGGCGACGAGGCAUUUGAGGCAAGGAUGCCCCAUCAUGAUGGGAUCAAGGCGCUGUGGGAGACCAAGUGGAAGUUCCCAUGCUCCAAAUCCCUCUACCCCUUCCACGACGGCCUCUACGAAGACUUCGCCCCCUCCUUCGACGCCCUCAUCAAGGCUAACCUCAACGACAUGACCUCCCCCGAGUGGACCAGAACCUUCCUCUCCACGGGGGUAGCCGAAAAGCUGGUUGCACAGGGCGACAAACUCGUGGCCGAGCUCAACAACAACAUUGACCCCCCAUCUCUCCAACCGGAGCAGCAGCAGCAGCAGCAGCAGCAGAGACGCAGACAACUCGGCGAGCAAGCCUCCGCCCUCUACCUCCGCGCCUGCUGCCUCUACCGCAUCGCCCGCUUCCCCUACAUCACUUCCUUCCCGAAAGUCAACGACCAGACGAAGUGGGAUGCCUGGCAGAAGCAGAAGGAGGUCUACCUGAAAGCGGGCAAACUGUGGGAAGAAAGUCCCCUGGAGGAGGUCGAAGUGCCGUUUGUCAAGAGAAGGCAGCAAGAACAGGGGGGUGAGAGGGAAAAGGAAAAAAUUCCCGUUUAUGUGCGGGUUCCUCCUCCUGCUGGUACUUCUACUACUAUCGGUUCUGCUUCUUCUGAGGCUUCUUUUGGUCCUGCUGCUUCUGCUGCUUCUUCUGCUCCCGGAAGAGACGUGAACAUUGAUGGCUACCCAACCGUCAUCCUCAUGACCGGCCUCGACGGGUACCGCCCCGAUAACACGGUCCGCUGCAACGAGUUCCUCGCUCGUGGGUGGGCCGUCGUGGUGGUGGAGAUCCCGGGGACGGCGGAUUGUCCUGCUGAUCCGACGGACCCGGAGAGUCCGGAUCGGUUGUGGGAGAGUCUGUUGCAGUGGAUGGGUACUUACCAGUAUCGCAGCGGAAAGAAGGCGUUUGAUAUGAAGAGGGUCAUGGUCUGGGGAUUGAGUGCGGGCGGGUAUUAUGCUGUGAGGAUCGCGCAUACGCAUGGUCAUAGACUGGCGGGCGUGGUGGCGCAGGGGGCGGGGGUGCAUUAUUUUUAUGAUGAGAAGUGGUUGGAGAAGGUGGAUGGGCAUGAGUAUCCUGCUCAACUCACGCCUGCUUUCGCUAUGAAGCAUGGGUAUAACUCGGUUGAGGAGUUCAAGGCUGGUGUGCAGAAGAAGUUCUCUUUGUUGGAGAAUGGGAUUUUGGAUAAGCCUUCGACUAGGCUUUUGUUGGUCAAUGGUACCCAAGAUGGUUUGAUGCCCAUCGAAGAUUCCAUGAUGCUGCUCGAAUACGGCUCGCCCAAGGAGGCUCGCUUCUUCACUGGUGCUUUGCACAUGGGAUACCCCCUGGCAAACUCGGCUGUCUAUCCUUGGAUGGAGAGCGUUAUGGCUUCGGUUAGAGAUUAG